AUGGUGCCUUUUAUCGUUCUUGAUUAUUAUUACCCCUGUGGUUUGCAAUUAACCGAAAAAGCAGAAAAUGUUGAAAUUGAACACCGUGCAAAUUUAACAUCUAUAACUUAUGAAAUUGUUAAUAAACACAAUCCAAAAGUGAAGUUUUCAUUUUGUAGCCAAGGAUGGAAAAUUGGAAGAAAGGUUUACAAAACUAAAAUCAGAAUAGUGAAGGGUAUUAGACGAAAUUUAAAUUAUGUCGAUUCUUCGGACUACAAAUAUUUUGUUAAUUAAGUUGAUCGUUGAACACUAGUUUUAUUGACUUUUUUUGAAUAAAUUAAUAUUUAUAAAAUUUGUUCCUGUUAUUAUUUAGCUGGUUAAGGCCAGUAAAUCUAUUUUUACAAUACAUUUUAGGGUAGCACCCCGAGCCUUCAGGGAGGGAGUGACGGGGUAUGUCGGGGUAGAGCCUUCGGAGUUCGGGUCGGGGUUUUUGCGAAAAUUUGUCGGGGUUUCGGGGGUGCUACCCUAAUACAUUUUAAUCUUUAUUUGAUUUUUAUUUUAACGUAUUUCAGAUUUCUUUCGAUUUUUAUUAGGUCGCGCA